AUGGCGAACUCGUUAGACCAUCUCACCAACAGGAUGAAGCUCGAGUGGCAUUCCCAGCUGGAUACGGAGUACAAGCCAGCCAAUAACUACCGCCGCACUUCUAUCAUUUGCACCAUUGGUCCAAAGACAAACUCAGUUGAGAAAAUUAACAUGCUACGUGAAGCUGGUCUCAAUGUUGUCCGCAUGAACUUCUCCCAUGGAACUCACGAGUACCACAAAUCUGUCAUUGACAACGCCAGAGAAGCUGAACGCAUCCUAGCUGGCCGUCCACUCGCAAUUGCUCUCGAUACCAAAGGACCCGAGAUUCGUACCGGCAACACUCCUGGUGACAAGGAUAUUCCCAUCAAGGAGGGAACGGAACUGAACAUCACAACUGAUGAUAAAUAUGCCACCUGCAGCGAUGACAAGAACAUACGACGGCGUCUCUCAUCGAAGUCUCGAUAUGUCGACGAAAAGACCCUGCGCGUCAAGUGUCUGAACAAUGGCAACAUCUCAUCCAAGAAGGGUGUCAACCUGCCCGGAACCGACGUCGAUCUCCCUGCACUGUCCGAAAAGGACAAGCAGGAUCUCAAGUUCGGUGUCGAGAACGGCGUUGACAUGAUCUUUGCCUCCUUUAUCCGUCACGGAAGUGACAUCAAGCACAUCCGCGAAGUCCUGGGCGAGGCCGGCAAGGAGAUCCAGAUCAUCGCCAAGAUCGAAAACCAGCAAGGAAUGAACAACUUUGACGAGAUUCUGAAAGAGACUGACGGUGUCAUGGUUGCUCGCGGUGAUCUCGGCAUCGAAAUCCCCGCCGCAAAGGUCUUUAUUGCCCAGAAGAUGAUGAUUGCCAAGUGCAAUAUCAAGGGCAAGCCAGUCAUUUGCGCCACUCAGAUGCUGGAGUCAAUGACUUACAACCCACGCCCAACCCGCGCAGAGGUAUCUGACGUUGCCAAUGCUGUGCUAGACGGUGCAGACUGCGUCAUGUUGUCCGGCGAGACUGCCAAGGGUAACUAUCCCAAGGAAGCCGUGGCGAUGAUGCACGACACCUGUCUUCUCGCCGAAGUCGCAAUCCCAUACGUCAGCGUGUUCGAUGAACUGCGCAACCUUGCUCCCAGGCCAGCAGAUACUCUAGAAUCCAUUGCCAUGGCGGCUGUCUCUGCCAGUCUGGAACUGAACGCGAGCGCCAUCUUGGUCCUCACCACUUCCGGAAACACUGCUCGCCUGCUAUCCAAGUACCGUCCAGUCUGCCCUAUUAUCAUGGUCACGCGCAACCCCAGAGCCGCACGAUACUCCCAUCUAUACCGUGGCGUGUACCCCUUCAUCUUCAACGAGCCCAAGCCCGACUAUAACGUCACUGAAUGGCAGAAGAACGUCGACCUCCGUCUCAAAUGGGGUAUUGCUCAGGCCAUCGAGCUCAAGGUCAUUUCCAAGGGCACCUCGGUGGUCUGCGUUCAAGGCUGGCGUGGCGGCCAGGGCCACACCAACACCAUCCGUAUCGUCCCCGCCGAACCCAGACCAUCUCGGCCUCGUUUAAGCAACGAACCACGAAAAAAAAAAUCAGAGAGAGAGAGAGAGAGAGAGACGGGAUAUGGGGUAAAUAGCUCUCUUUCUGGAUGA